AUGACGGCAACCACACCACCACCCUCGUCAUCAGCAUCAUCAUGGACCGGCCAACCACGAAUCAAAGGCAGCACAGAAGCCAUGCGCAUGUUCCUCCUCACAUUUUCUCUCAUCGGCUUACAGUUCUGCUGGGGCACGGAACAAACAUACGCGACACCUUACCUACUAGCUUUGGGUCUGAGCAAAGGUGGGAUGAGUUUGGUGUGGAUAGCCGGGCCUUUGAGUGGGCUUAUUAUGCAGCCGAUCAUUGGCAUGAUUUCGGAUAAGAGUACGAGCAAGUAUGGGAGGAGGAGACCGUUCAUGGUGGGAGGCACAAUUGCUGUUGCGGUUUGUCUGCUGAUUAUGGGCUGGGCGAAAGAGAUUGUAGCACAUUUUGUGGAAGAGGGGCCGAGGAGGAAUGCUAUGACGAUUAAGCUUGCUGUUGUGGAUAUUUAUGUGCUGGAUUUUAUGAUUAACAUUGCUCAAGCCACAUGCAGAGCUCUGGUCGUCGAUGCUUUACCAAUGUCGAAACAACAGGUUGGAGCUGCUUGGGUUACUAGGAUGGUUGGACUGGGACAUAUCUUGGUCUUCGGGUUCGGCGCUCUCGACUUGAACGCCAUCCUGCCACCAAUGUUCGGCGAUACGCAAUUCAAGAAGGUCUGCGCUUUUGCGGCGCUGGCUAUGAUCAUUAGCUUCAGUGUCACAUGCUGGGCUGUGGAGGAACGAGUGUUGGUUUCUGAUGGAAGUAAACAACAUGAUGCAGGGUCUGACCAAAGCCUGGUGUCUAUCAUACGCCAGAUCUACGAGCGGGCGUUGUACGUUCCCGAGCGCAUCCAAUUCAUCUGCAAUGUCCAAUUUUGGGCCUGGAUCGGCUGGUUCCCGCUCAUGUUCUACGGCAGUACAUGGGUCGGAGAGAUCUACCUACGACAUGAUGCGCCUCAAACAGGUUCUAACCGUGACGACGCGCUAAGUCAGGUCGGCCGAGUCGGUAGCACAGCGCUCAUCAUCCAUUCCUUCACCGGAUUCAUAACAGCAAUCCUGCUUCCAAACCUGGUCACAAGUCCCGGCGACGAAGAAACAGAACGAAAAUUCACGCCUAGGCCGCCCGAGAGCUUACGUCCGAUUGUCGAGAAGGUCGGAGCAAAGCAGCCUACGCUCCUCGAUGUCUGGACUUGUGGCAACGCCAUGCUUGGCUUAUGCUUGGUGUGGGCACCUCUCAUCAAAUCCGUCGGUCUCGCAACCUUCCUCAUGGCAGCUACUGGAGUCCCCAGCGCAAUUAGUGGUUUCGCUGCGACGACUUACAUUGGUGUCGAAAUCAACAAACUCUCAACCUCCCUUCCCACCAGCACUACACACCGCUACACCGUCGUGAACAACCGGCGCGACUCCAACGAAGGCCUCGAACUCUCGGACCGUGCUGCCGACGACACAUGCCUCCACCUCCGCCACUCUUCGCAAUCUUCCCUCGGAUCCUCGAGUACGGGCGAACUCAGCGGGAUAUAUUUGGGCAUUUUGAACAUCUACACUACGCUUCCACAAUUCGUGGGCACGGCGAUUAGUUGGGUCGUGUUCUCGAUCUUGGAACCUGGGAAGAGUCCUGAACUUGCGAAAGAUUCGCACCCGGAUGAACAUCAUUCUACGGAAGGUGUGAGCGGGAUUGGGGUUUGUUUGUUUAUUGGUGCGAUUACGGCUGUUGUUUCGAGUUUUGCGACGAGGAAAUUGAAGGAGUAAGUAGAGUUGUAUAUAGAGGAUAGAAUGAUUAUGUUACCGCUUUCGUGGAUUAG